AUGGACGUAUUUAAAAUUGAUCAAACGUUAAGUGGGAAUCUUGGUAGUGCACCAUCCCCGGAUAAAAUUACACCAGAAGUAUCAUUUGAUGCUGGCUCAGAAUUUAAUUUGAGUUUUUUUGAUCAACCAACAGAAGAUAGUAGCACACAAGGAUUUAGCGAUCCUGGAUCGGUUGGUUCUGCAUCGGCUAGUUCACCACCACCACAACAGUUACAGCAUUUACAUUUAACACCUGGUGGGAGUUCAUCAUCGUCUGUAUCAUCACCAGGUGGUCCUGCAAGUGCUUUACUCUUGCAACCUGGUGCUAGUUCUUCUACAUCCCAAAUUGGGAUUAAGCAAGAACAACAUUAUGCUGCAGCGGAUUCAAACAGUUCUACUCCGACCAAAUCAUUCGUCCCGUGUAAAGUGUGUGGCGAUAAAGCUUCAGGAUAUCAUUACGGUGUUACUUCCUGUGAGGGAUGCAAGGGUUUCUUUCGCAGAAGUAUACAGAAACAGAUCGAAUAUAGAUGUUUACGUGACGGCAAAUGUUUAGUGAUCAGAUUAAAUAGGAAUCGGUGUCAAUAUUGUCGUUUUAAAAAGUGUUUAGCGGUGGGAAUGUCAAGGGAUUCCGUGAGAUACGGAAGAGUACCAAAACGAUCCCGAGAACGUAGCUCAGACGAAAUGUCGCGUGUGACAACAACCGAUGCUGAUCAAUCCGAUGCUGAAACAAAACAAUUAGCUGUGUAUGAUAUAAUAUUAAGUGUGUCACAAGCACAUCAUGCAAAUUGUGGUUACACUGAAGAGCAAACACGUGGACUAAUACAAAAACCGUUAACAUUACCACCGCCUGUAUCACCGAAGGGACAAGACGUUGCCACAUCAACAGCUGAAUCAAUGGAAUAUGAACGAAUAUGGCUUUGGCAACAAUUUGCAUCACAAAUUACACCUAGUGUACAACGAGUUGUGGAAUUUGCAAAACGUGUACCUGGCUUUUGUGAAUUGAGUCAAGAUGAUCAAUUAAUUUUGAUAAAAGUAGGAUUUUUUGAAAUAUGGUUAACGCAUGUUUCAAGGCUCACUAGUGAUACAAUACUCAUGUUUGACGACGGGGUAUCCGUUACACGAGAACAAAUUGAACUCAUGUACGAUAUCGAUUUCGUGUCAACUUUAUUUCAUUUUACGGGAUCUUUCAACGCUUUAGCACUAAAUGAUACAGAAUUAGGAUUGUUCAGUGCCGUUGUGUUGUUAACAGCAGAUAGGCCUGGCGUAACUGAUGUCAAAUCAAUUGAACACAAUCAAGACAGGCUGAUUGAAGCUUUAAAAGUACAGGUUGGACGUAAUCACGCAAAUGAACCACAAUUGUUUUCAAGUUUAUUAAUGAAAUUACCUGAACUACGUAAUUUGGGUGCAAAACAUUCAGCUCACUUGGAUUGGUUUCGAAUAAACUGGGUGAAAUUGAAACUACCACCAUUGUUUGCUGAAAUAUUUGAUAUUCCGAAAUGUGAAGAUGAUUUACAGUGA